UGGUGUUGUUUAGUUUUGUAAAUUUAUUUGUAUUGCAUUGUUCCUUCGAGAAUUUGUUUCGGUUCAAAUAGUUGUUGAUGUUAAAAAGUCACCCGAAUUGUGGGUCAAAGUUGAGUUACAACAGUUCACCUGGUUACUGAGGGUGGCGGUGAUGCCCCGAACGUUGGUUAGCAGCCACCAUUAAAAAGACGCACGAAGAAGAAGUGUUGGGAACAAUGGCAGCUUCCAUGGAGUUGCGGAUGGAUCACCUCCCCUCAGACCCGCUGCUGCACAUUUUAUCCUUCCUGGGCUUCAGAGACCUGAUCCAUUGUAGUUUUGUCAGCAGGAGGUUGAAUGACUUGUCCAAACACAACCCGCUGUGGAAAACCCUCUGCUCCAAACACUGGCUGCUGACAGAUGUGGACCGGCUGCAGAGUGGUGUGUCCUGGUACUCUCUGUUCAAACAGUACUACAGGGACCUGGGCCGCUACAUCCAGUACUACCCGGUCCUGAAGAGAGCCUGGGAGCAGCUGAAGGACUUCCUGCAGCAGAGGUGUCCUCGCAUGAUCGCAUCGCUCAAAGAGGGCGCCACAGAGGUGGAGCUUAAUGACAUCGAGGCUCAGAUUAGCUGCAGACUCCCAGACGACUACCGCUGCUCGUACCGCAUCCACAACGGACAGAAGCUGGUGAUCCCCGGGCUGAUGGGCAGCAUGUCCCUGUCCAACCACUACCGGUCGGAGGUCCUGCUGGACGUGGAGACGGCGGCCGGAGGUUUCCAGCAGAGGAAGGGGAUGAGACGCUGCCUCCCGCUCACCUUCUGCUUCCACACUGGACUCAGCCAGUACAUGGCCCUGGAGCCGGCGGAGGGACGCAGGAUGUUCGAGAGCUUCUACCCCUGCCCCGAUCAGACGGCUCAGGAUCCUUCAGCCAUCGACAUGUUCAUCACAGGUUCCUGUUUCUUAGAGUGGUUCACGACCUACGUCCACAACGUCGUCACAGGAGAGUAUCCAAUCAUCAGAGACCAGAUCUUCAGGUAUGUGCAUGAUAAGGGUUGCGUGGCGACCACUGGUGACAUCACCGUCUCUGUUUCUACCUCCUUCCUGCCAGAGCUUUCCUCCGUCCAUCCACCGCACUUCUUCUUCACCUACCGCAUCAGAAUAGAGAUGUCGAGCAGCGCCUCGCCCGAAGCUGCCUGUCAGCUCGACAGCCGCUACUGGAAAAUCACCACGUCCGACGGCAACGUGGAGGAAGUCCAGGGACCCGGCGUGGUUGGAGAGUUUCCAGUCAUGACGCCUGGAAAAGUCCAUGAAUACGCCAGCUGCACCACCUUCUCCACGCCGUCAGAGUACAUGGAGGGUCACUACACCUUCCACAGACUGGCCAAUAAAGAGGAAGUUUUCCACGUGGCCAUCCCUCGCUUCCACAUGGUCUGCCCUCCGUUCAGAGAGCCGGUGGUUCGAACGAAGGCAUCGACCAGCUACGCGCCCCGCUUCGACGACCACGACGACGACGGCGAGUACUGCGACGGAGACGGCGACGACUUCGGCGACCUGAGAGGAAUCAACAUGGCCGCCUUGGAGGGAGCGUGGUGCCCUCGACACAUCUGACCUCCGACCCCGGUCCCCGACGCCCCCGCUGCAGCGCUGUCAAGGAGGCCGGACGGACUGUCAGUCAUUCAGGUCUGACUGAUGACGCUGAAACCUCCUCGAUGGCCUGAGUGAUUGACAGACAGCAGGGGAUUCUGGGACAGGAAGUACCAACCAGAGCCAUACACGGGACAGAAUCACGUCGACUUCCAGCUGUGUAUCAAACAAAUAAGAUAAUGUGAAAGAAGUUUUAUAGAAAAGAUGUUUUUCUUGUUUAAACCUUUUUGUUAGAUAUGAAACUGUCUGAUGAGCUCAGACAACCACGGGACGCCGUUUUCUUCUAACGACUCAGCGACUCAGCAGGGACGCAGAACGGCCGUCGCCGGUUUCUGACUGCAGAUGUAGAAAAAGGCAAAUGUGAGACUUUUGGGCCAGUCGGGAGCGAGCCAGUAAAAUGUUCUGUCUCUGGUCGAUCUGCAGAGGUUCCUCUGUCGGAAUGCUGGAGGCUCUUAAAAUGACCUUUUCCACCGCAGGAACCCGACACCUGGACUCCACCCGAACCACCUGUGUGUGAGCUCAUGAAUCAACACAAGCUGGACCGUCUUUGUCCCACACUUUUACAGUUUGAGCCUGAUUUUGUCGUCCUCAAACUGUCCAGCUGCCGAAAUCCAGAUGAGAGAAGACUUGAAGAGUGUUUUCGCCCCGGGUUUUGCCUUCCAGGCUGCACGCAGCUUGUGUUGGCUGCAUCUAUGCUAACGGCUAGUCCUUUGAUCCAGGCUGAAAUAUUUGGACAAAUAUUGGGUGAAAUGUGGUUCAGACAUUCAUGUCAGUGACAGGAUUCAUCCAGCUGUUUGUGGUGAUCCUUCUCUUGUAGCCCCCCCAUCAGGUCAAAAUGUCUCCAGUACUUUGGUUUAUGACCAAAUAUCUGCAAAACUGUCGCCUCCUGCAGGUCCUGGGUCUGUGAGCACAGAUUAUGACCUUACCUAUGAUGACGAAUCAGGACAUUAUAUUUGUACUGACUCGAGUGUAUUUUUUUAGGACGAGCAACAGUCCAUGAGUGAUGUGUUAAAGUUAAAAAUGCCCAGUGAGGAUGGAGAGAAGUGACCACGCCCAGUUUUUACCAUUUCACAGCUUCGAAAUGAGUCAUCUUUUGUUGUAGAGCAUCUUUGGCCUCAGUUCAGCCUCUCAGAGCUGCUAGCGUGACUGGAGACUCCCCUUAACAUCCGUCACAUCUGCUCAGCCAAUCACGAUCGCCGGCUGCUGAAGCGCUGGCUUGAGAUCAGCGGGGACGACGGCUGUUCCUGCAGUGGAAAAGGGUUUAAUCACGGUGGCGUUCUUCAGUAACUACAAAUCAUGUAUUCUCUGGGUUCCUGCAGCUCUUUUCAGUGAGUGUGAUGGUCCAGGAGGUUUUUAACGAGGCCAGAAGAAGAAGAGGAGGAAGAGGAGGCUGCUGAAGUGUUUCAUGUUUUGUGCUUCACGGUGUUUUCUUCUUCUGUUCAUCACAUAAAGCAGAUUUUCCUCCUUCUCUGUGUGCUGGACCACGUGUGGCUCUCUGCUGUGAUUGGUGGGUUUGUUUUGUAUGUUUUGGUUAAAUAAAUAACAAAUAUUCAUUGCUGCAGAUUGGCUGUUUGCUGUCAUGUGACCACGCUGUUGGUGUCGUCACUGCAGGAAUCAGGUAAAAACACACACUCACACUUUACUGAUGUGAAGCUGUGACGAAGGUUCAAGACGAUCAGCAGAUAAACCUGCAAUCUGCCACGGUGGAAAGUAACUAAGUACAUUUACUCAAGUACUACACUUCAGUACAAUUCUGUACUUGAGUAUUUCCCUUUUCUAUGACUUUAUACUUCUACUCCACAUCUCAGAUGUUCUUUUUACUGCACUACAUUCAUUUUAAAGUUUUAGUUUGAAUACAAAUCAACUGAUAAAUUAUGAUGUGUUAUUAAAGUACCCAGCAGUGAGAAAAGAAGU